AUGACCUCCAACUCAGAGGGAGGCAAAGAAACUCCCACGACUCAUGCAGGGAAACUGGAGAGAACGGAACAUCCUAGGCGCACGAGGCUCGGCAAACGCAGCAAACACCGAAAGCGCGAACGCGAACGAGAACACAAAUCGGAACAACAACAAAACGAUUCAGGCAACGCCUCGGGCGGAUCGAGAACGGACACGACAGGACACCAACAAUAUAAGAGAAAGAGCAAAAGAUUCAGCAUCACCGACACAACGAACGGAAACACUCCAAAGCACAUCCGCAACGUCACAGAGACUGUCACCUCGCACACCACCACCACAGCCAACGUUACUACCACCACCGCCAAUACCACCCUGGGAGCUGAGAUGGCCAUGGCCAUCGCUCUGGCGGCGCUACAACAGAACUCCACUCAGGCACCUCAAACACCUCAGACUACGAUGACCUUGCCGAACCUGGAAACAAUCCUGGCCGCCUGGGGGAGGGGUACGACACCCGCCGAUGCCGAAUCUGAAGCACUCCCCACUCACCGCACCCAGUCCACUCGCUCUCCCUCAAACGAGGAAGGCAGCAUCGGCACGCAGUUCUCAACCCCGCAACACCAUCCGCAUCAGCAGUAUACGUCACAUCAAACACUCCAGUACAGCCUGCACCGCCAGAGACAACGAAUGCAUCUCACGACCGGGCCCAUGUUGCCCACGGUGUACCCGUCGAUCACAAAGAGCUCCAGAAAAUUUUGCAACAGCGAAGGGAUUCACUCCUACACCGUGUGCAAAUGUGGAAGCGGACGAAACAAAAAGCAGUGCAUACUGUGCGGAGCGAUAGUCACACAUCCCGUCAGCAGGCACUAUAAAAAGAAACACCCCAAUUACGUAUUUGAUAACAAUCACCAACAUUACCCGAAGCCAUACUACUUUUAUACCGAGAGGGCCAGGUUGAAAUGCCCCAAGGAGCUGAGACCACCGAGAGAAUCAGAGAACACGGUCAUGGGAUACUCCCAGGAAUUUGUCGGAUACAAAUAA